GCCCGCAUGCUGGACAUGGUAGCAGAGUUCAAGCAACGGGCCCCUGCGGCAACAUCCGCACAUAAGAAGGAAGAUGAGGAAGCAUAGGAACAACGUCACCUCGCUGAACAACGGCGACAGGCAGACGUUGAGGCAGCAGCAACGGCCGCAGACGAACGCCGAGACGAACUCCUCGGAUGCGAGGGGGAUCGAGGUGAUCGUCGGUGAAUGGGCAGUGGCUGCUGACGAGGAGGGUGCGCCCUCUGUUGUGCGUGGCCUUGCAACCACAAUCGAACAUGUGAGCGACUUGGUCGCCACCUGUGCAGCACAGCAAGAGGACAUCCUCUGCAUGGACACCCUGGUCCGAAAGCAGAUUCGCGUUAUUGAUGAACUGCUUGACCGGAGCAUUCCCAAGUUUGACGGCCUCCCGAUCUUCUGCGAUGCAACGAAGACGGACCCGAUCCCAUGGUGGCGUCAGUUUGAGCUGAAGUUGGACAUUCACCACGUCAUCAAUCCGAACCGGCACUCGUACUUAUACUCCCGCUCGGGAGGUGCGUGCCAGGCAUGGCUGGACAACAUAUUGUCCACGCACAACGUCGCAGUCUCCGAGCUGCAUACGAAGAUCAGCUGGGCUGAUCUCAAGGCAACAUGGCAUAAGCGGUUCCAAGUGGAGCCGCCCGAGCUUCAGGCAACCGAGAAACUUCAACGGUUCUACCAGAACGACCUGCCAAGCACGGACUGGAUCACCGAGUACCAACGCUUGGCAUCCAUGCCUAACUUGCCGUCGACAUUCGUCGCUAUCAAGCACUUCUUCAUCAGGAGGAGCUGCCCGGCGUUGCAGAACGCCUUGACGCAAGUUACGGAUACGCUCACCACAAGUGAGCAGCUUUUUGACAAAGCCUUGCAGAUCAUCCUGACGAACAUCAAGGCCAACAAUUUGGGCCAUUCGUCUGCUGCAGCACUAUGCGCCCAUCUCCAUACAUACUUAGCCUUCUAUGCACCACCAUCUUCGCCGACGGAUGACGAAGCUGCGGUGGGGGACAUCCUUGCGURUGUUASCAAGGUGGCCCGCGAGUUUCGCAUGCAGCGGUACGAUGAUAACAAUGCACCGCUCCUCUACGUCCGCAUCCAAGUUGGGCAAGCGUCCUGCAGCGCUUUGCUGGAUAGCGGCUCGACUCGCAAUUUCAUCAGCCAGUCCUUCAUCCAAAGGGCCGGCCUUGGCGCUCAAGUUCGAAGGAAGCCAAACCCGACAGCGAUCAAGUUGGCGGACGGUCGGACGCAACAACUCCUCGAUCGCUACAUUGAAGCCGUGCCGGUUUAUUUCGCACCUCAUGCAUGCGAACUGGUGACGUUUGACGUCUUAGACACGGACUUCGACAUUAUUUUGGGGAUGCCUUGGCUUGCAAGUGUGGAUCACACGGUUAACUUCCAUCAGCGGACACUUACCGUUCGCAACGCCUUCGGCGCUGAGGUGUCGUGUAACAUUCCUCUUCUGCACUCCUCAAUCCGGUGCCAAGUUGUAACGGCCAAGUCUUUUCGGGCCACUUGCGCUUACGAGCGGACCGACGAGAUAGGCCUAUGUUUUCUACGAGCCGCCUCGAUGACCGAAUCUUCACCAACGGACUUGUCUUCGGAACCCCGAGUGGUGCGGCUGCUCGAGGAGUUCACCGACAUCUUCGAGUCUCCUACCGGUGUGGUGCCGGAUCGACCGAUCUCCCACGAGAUCACUCUCGAGGCCGGUGCCGUGCCGCCGAAAGGAUGUAUCUAUCGCAUGAGCGAGGAAGAGCUCGAGGUUCUCUGCGCUCAACUCGACGAUCUCUUGGACAAGGGUUGGAUCCGCCCUAGCAACUCACCAUAUGGUGCGUCAGUUCUCUUCGUACGGAAGCAAAACAAGGAUCUUCGCUUGUGCAUCGACUACUGCAAGCUCAACGCACAAAACGUUAAGAAUGCGGGACCUCUUCCGCGAAUUGACGACCUUCUCGAGCGUUUGGGCGGCGCAAAAUUUUUCUUAAAGUUGGACUUGAAGUCGGGCUACCAUCAAAUCUCGAUACGCCCGCAAGAUUGCUACAAAUCCACGUUCAAGACGCGGUACGAACACUUUGAGUGGAUCGUUAUGCCGUUCAGCCUCACCAAUGCCCCGACGACCUUUCAAGCGGCAAUGACCAACGAGUUUCGUGCGAUGCUGGACCGGUUGGUACUAGUCUACUUAGACGACAUCCUCAUCUAUAGCUGGACAUUGGAGGAUCAUCUUGAGCACCUUCGACGAGUGUUGGAGACGCUCCGCCGCGCCAAGUACAAAGCCAACAGCGACAAGUGCGAAUUUGUCCGGCAAGAGCUGGAAUACUUGGGCCAGUUUGUCACACCGGAGGGCAUCAGUCCGUUGUCAGACAAGAUUCAAGCCAUCCAAGAGUGGCCAGAACCGAAGACCGUCACAAAUGUCCGUUCCUUCCUUGGCUUAGCCGGCUACUAUCAACGCUUCAUCAAGGGAUACUCGAAGAUCGCGGCUCCUUUAUCCAAGCUUCAAUGUGAGGACCGGCCAUUCGACUUCGACGACCAUGCGAGGACUUCAUUUUUGGCUCUCAAAGCCGCAUUGUUAUCCGCGGAGGUGUUGCGCAUCUACGAUCCACUUUUGCCAACACGUGUCACUACCGAUGCAUCCGGCUAUGGCAUUGGUGCCGUCCUCGAGCAACAUGACGGUGUGGACUGGCACCCGAUCGAGUACUUUAGCAAGAAAGUGCCCGCUGUGCACUCGAUUCACGACGCACGAAAGAAGGAAUUAUUGGCCUUCGUACACGCGCUCAAGCGCUGGCGGCAUUUUCUUCUCGGUCGACGGCAGUUCCGAUGGGUAACGGAUAGCAAUCCAUUGGUCUUCUACAAGACCCAAGACACGGUCAAUAACACCAUUGCCCGUUGGAUGGUCUUCAUCGACCAGUUUGAUUUUUUCCCCGACCACAUUCCGGUCGACCCCGAGUUUUGCGACAAGUACGCAAAUUGCUCCUCUCCUAAUCCGGCGCCAUCGCACUAUCGGAUCCAAGAGGGGUACUUGCUCGUUCAGUGGCGAGGGAAGGAUCUUCUUUGUGUGCCACGAGAUUUACACUUGCGCAUACGGCUUCUUGGCGAGUUCCACGACGCUCCCGCCACCGGACACUUUGGAGUCAAUCGUACGAUUGGCCGACUCCGCGAGCGCUUUUGGUGGCCCGGUCUUCUCGACGACGCCACACGCUAUUGCGAGUCAUGCAAGGUUUGCCGAUGUUGCAAAUCCCGCAAUCAUCGUCCGUACGGCGAGUUGCGACCGUUACCAGUCCCCUUGCGGCGAAGGGAAGCGAUUGCCAUGGACAUUACCGGCCCGUUCCCCAAGCACAAGACCGGAGUGGAUGGGAUUCUCACGGUGGUCGACCGACUCACCAAGUUCGCCAUGUUUUUGCCUUGCUGCUAUCAUGCCAAGGCACCGGAGUUGGCCGAGGUUCUUUACGCCGGUUGGAUUCGAACCAAGGGUUACCCCAAGGAAAUCGUCUGCGACCGCGACACUCGGUUUAUAUCCGAUUUUUGGUUGGCGCUCAUCAAGCGAUGGGGCUCAUCUCUCAAGCCCAGUUCCGCUCGCCACCCCCAGAUCGAUGGCCAAACGGAGAGGGCGCACCAGACCGCACAUGUUCUCCUUCGUACUCUCAUCCGUCCGAACCAGAAGGAUUGGGUUGAGCGGUUGUCGGAUGUCGAGUUGGCCUAUAACUCCUCCAUCCACCCGGCUAUUGGGAUGUCGCCCUUCGAAUUCGAGCACGGCUCGCCGAUGGAGAGGGGUAACUCCCUGUGCCGAAGCCUAGGUACCGCGCUCGCGACGGUUGAGCUGCGCCUGAGGUACGGUCURUACGAGUUUGUGGUGAUGCCUUUUGGCCUAUGCAAUGCGCCUGGUACGUUCCAGCACGAGAUGAAUAGGAUCUUUCAUGACUACUUGGACAAGUUUAUCGUCGUGUACCUCGACGAUAUUCUCAUCUUUAGUAGGACUGUAGAGGAGCACGCUGAACACUUGAAAACAGUACUAGGCCUCCUAAGACAGCACCAGUACAAGGUAAACUUGGAUAAAUGCGAGUUUGGUCGCACCAAGAUCUUGUACUUGGGUCAUGAAAUUUCAGCAGAUGGAUUGAGGCCGGAAGAUGUGAAGGUGGCCAGCAUACGUGACUGGCCCAGACCUCAAACUGGUAUGGAGAUCAGAUCGUUUUUGGGGAUAACGGGCUAUUAUCGUCCGUUUGUGAAGAACUAUAGUACUAUAGCUUCCCCAUUAACAAAUCUAACUCGACUUGACACCCCUUGGGAGUGGACUGAAGAGUGUGAAGCAAGCUUCAAGAAAUUGAAGUAUGACCUGACGCACUAUGAAGUUCUCAAACUUCCUGAUCCUGACAAUCCAUUUGUUGUGACCACAGACGCUAGCCAAUAUGGCAUAGGCGCGGUCCUUGCGCAACAGGAAGGGCCCAAGUUGAGGCUGAUCGAGUACAUGAGCAAGAAGAUGCCAUCUCAGAAGCUGGCCAAGUCCACUUAUGAAAGGGAGCUCUACGCCCUGUACAGAGCGCUAGUUCAUUGGAGACGCUACCUCCUAGGAAGGUUCUUCUAUGUGAGGUCGGACCAUGAAACUUUGCGCUGGAUUAAGACACAACCAGUCUUGUCGGAUGCCCUCAAAAGAUGGAUUCAAGUGAUAGACAUGUAUGACUAUGAACUUGAUCCUAUUAAAGAAAGACAACCUACUGCAGCACCUAGCAGCAUAGAGUUUGCUGUCAAAUAUGAGCAGAUGCUGCAGCAGGCCGUUGAACAUAUUCAGAAAUCUCAAGAUGCUCUGAUUGCAUCUGAGAACAAACAUAGACGGUCUUCUAACUUUCAGGUGUCACCAAGAGCUGCUAAAGUGGAGAGUUUACGGAAGCGAAUGAGAGACAAGGUUCUUGCAGGAGCUGACCUUGCCCAUAAGCUCAGGAGGAUGGAGCAGCUUGUGAAAAGGAACAGGAACGAAGUCUUCGUUCAUGGCAAAUCUUCUCAGAGAAAUGCACCCAGCAUGGUUAGAUUAACGAGAGAAAAGGAGGUUUUUGGCACCAUGGCUAGUGUCAUGAAGACUGAAGAGGAGGCCAUAUUAAAGUGCUCAGGCUUGGCGAAUCAAGGAAUCCCUGUAGCGAAACCAUCCGCUUGGACGGUGGGCAAUUCCAAUUUAGACUGCCAGAUUCCUUCAGCCACCAAGGCUACAGCAGAGACACUCCCGACGUCGCUGGUGGAUGCAUAUUGGGCGCUUCACGUAUUUCUUGAUGGCACUGAUGGCUCUGAUGUCCUCUUUGGCGACUGGGCCAACCCGUCUGUCAGCCCUUUGACUGCAGUUGAUGUUGCAGUAACAUCAGCCUCAGCAGCCGCCGAACUAGGCACUCAAUCACAGCGGCUUGACAGAUUGCAGGGAGACUUCUGCGCGUGCCAAGAAGACGGUUCUACCAACCUCCAAAUGGCAGUUGGGAUGGACUCUCAGUUGCAGGAUGCUGAAUGGUUCCUCAAGUCUGGGGACUCGAAGAGAAACGAUGUGCACAACGACCGGCAGAAUGUGUGUGACAGCAUCCACUUUAUCUCCCUGAUGGGUGAGGGAAGUCAGGAGGAGCAUCACAAGGGAGCUCCAAGCUUGAGCACACCUUGGCAUGUGCCAGGUCAUUCCAAGCCAGUGAUGGAGACCAUGCCAGCUGGCGCUCCCUGUCCUAUUGAUGCUUGGCCUGAUUCUAUGGACAACCCCAAGCAAUGCAUCACAGAGGGUGAAGAUGCACUGAGUGCAGACUUGACAACUAUGGAGCAGUUCCUGACAUGCUUUGAGGCUUCAGAGUCUGUGCCAGAUAACACACUCAAGGCAAAUAUGGAUACGAUGGAUGGAAAGUGCAUAUUGGGAUCAGCAGACCCAGGGGUGCCUGACAGAAUAGUACAAUAUUUGUCCCCAUAUGAGUGGAAAACUCCUUUCUGUGCAUCUGGGACUGGCUUAUCAAUUGAAAACCCUGAGUCCUGCAUGCUGUUGCAUGGUCCAAGCGAUGGGGUGAUGAUUCCACAUUGUUCUCAGGAGAGCAGAUCAGAAGCACCAGGGACCGACAGGAAUUAUCAGCAUGAGAAUGAACGUGGACUGGCAUGGCGGGAUUGUACAGGAAAAAAGAGUGAAAAGAAUAAUGUUGAAGACUCUGAGGCUUACCCUGGCAAUUCUCAAGCAACACAGUCAGUCAGCAGUCAGGCACCUCAGCCACCCCAGGCUCCUCACAAUGCCAAUUCUGAAGUGGAAAAUGUGCAGGAGGCUGCAGUGCCAAGUAUUCUCACCUACAAAUGUGAAGAUGACGCAGGUUCUUGCCAUCGGAAAGUUCUGGACAUGCCCUUUUUGCUGCUGACAAUGAGCAAGUCCACUUGGGGAGGCCGGCAUGGAUACUUAGCGGCCGCACGCUUAGUUAUAGGUGGAGAUGUAAAUAAGGCUAUGGAGAUCGUGGCGGCACAUGAGAUGGCAGAUCCAGAGGCGAUUAAGGCGCUGCGGGAGCAAGUCUUGGAAAACCCUCAGACCGGCCCAGUUUUGGCCAGCUGUAUCGAAGAGUAUUACCUGUGCUACCCUUUCGUCAAAGAGUUCGUGAUGGAUCGAGGAUCAGAGUUCACAUGUAACGAGGUGCAGACUUUGCUUGCGGGAUAUGACGUAGUGGCAAACUAUACUACCGCUGCGCACCCUCAAGCAAAUGCACCUGUGGAGAGAGGGCAUAGUACCAUCACGAAUCUCCUAGCCAAGUGGACGGAAGGCAAACCCGGCCAAUGGCCAAAGUUUCUGCGAGCAACCUUCUUCGUGGAGAACGUCACGGUAAAGAGGACUACCAAGUACGCGCCUACCACUCUUUGGUCUGGGAGGCAUGCCACCUUCCCCAUCGAGAGCUUCCUGAAGACUUGGAGGCGCCAGGACUUGGAGACGAACCUGUCGUUUGAAGAGUUGCUCGAUACUCGACCGCGACAGGUGGGCGCGGAUGAGGAAAGGAUACGUGAAGCCUCCAAGCAUGUCGAGAGGAGUCGAAUGGAGGAUAAGAUGCGGUGGGAUCAGAUGGCACGAGUGCGGAAAGAGCCUUUGGCAGUCGGAGACAUCGUAUUACUAUACGACUCUUCCUUGGAGAAGCAGUGGUCGAGGAAGCUCGACAAAAGGUGGUUGGGACCCUACAGAAUUGUGCGGUGUGGCGAGUUUGGGGCUUAUCAGAUCGAGGAGCUGAGUGAAACGGAAUGGAAAGAUUGGGUAUCCGAGACAAGACUAAAGAAGUCUGACUUCUUGAAGACAGCCAUGCAGAGGGGCGGGAGGGACACACGGCCACGACAGAGACCUCUCGGGCCAUCCGGAGGGGGAGAGCGGCAUGGGGCCUUCAGGAGAGAGCCUACACCCGUACUUGAUGAUGACAACAUCGAGCUCUUCCUAGACGUCUACCGAGAUCAUGCGACCCAGAGAGGAUGGGACGUAUCUGAGAGGGUACGACAUUUGAGAGGGAUUGAGAGGUUUGAGGAGCCUAUCGCACAAAUCAGGGAGGAGGCGUUGACCUGGCCAAAGGUAGAGGCGAGGAUGCAGAGGUUGAGGGCUUCGCCUGUGGGGCGUGAUGGGUUACCUAUUCGCUUGGAGGAAGGGAAUGCGGAAGAAUUCAUCCCGGCAUAUGAGCGGUAUAUGAGUGAUCUGGGGGUUCCGAGGGAAAAGUGGAUGCAGACUCUACUCAUUUGGACCAGAGGGGCGGAGCGACCACUGGCGAGACAGAUUCGGGAUCGGGCAUGCCAUAGCCCAGGGUCGAUAGGAGGCGACGAAGCAAGAGGCUUAAGAGAUUUGGAGCCGAGAGGGUCGAUUGCGACCAGGGGAGGCCGGAAGGCUUUGGCACAGCGAGAAGGGGGGCGAGCAGGACUUACUUGGGCGGCAGAGUCCUUCCCUGCUUGUGGACUUAGGCAGGUGGAGUUCCGUCAGGUUACUGGGAGUGAGCUACGGGGACUUUCGCCACGAUUAUCAGAGCAGGAGGAGGGUGAAUUGUCAGCAGCACCGUGCCGGAGUCUGGAGGCCCAUCUUGAUGCUUCCCAGUGGGAGGCCCCUUCAGUGGGAAUCGGCCCAACGGAUCCAUCGGGAAAGGAGACGGCACGCCCUAGUCCGGAGGCUGAGCCGCAUGGCCAGAAGGAGUUGCACGUUGGAGAGGUGCACAUAAGGGCGGAGAUGAAGAUAGAGAUGCCGGGGAGCGAAACGGGAGGAAAGUGGGAGAACACAUACCUGGUCUCCUCUACAGAGGAGAUUCAAUCUUGGCCUGCAAAUUCGGGGAGCCCGGCGUUUCUCACUUCUCCAAGCACGACACUACGCUCCAUAACGAGUUCUGGAGGACUAGGCAAAAUGGCAACGAAGGAUGAGACGGAUAAUCGUAGGAGCGAAGGAGGGCCAGGGUUAGGAGGCAGUGCCGUGCAGAGCGAAGAGGGGGGGAUGAGGCGAGCCAUUAUCAUGCUCAAUGGGCUAGAGAUAGCGGCUGUAGAAGCUGAGCCGGUGGUCGACAUCAUCUGGGAUCAACUUCGGGGCCACGGGCCGGAGGUCAACUUCAUUUUGGAAAAUGAUGGACGUGAUAGGGUGAACCCGACUACUCGGCUAGGGACGGCUGGGAGAAGGAUUAUCCAUGACACCGUGAUGGAGGAGGUUGCUGGAAGCUCCGUACCCCAGGCAGAGCCUGAGGCUGGAGAACUAAAGAAAGUCUAUGGGAAACCUAGAAAAGAGGAGCCUACGGACAAAGUUACCGCCGCUAAAAAGAAGUUUAGGUACCAAAUCCCGAUUUUAACCAGGCCUGAGAUCGAUGACACCCUUAGCAAACUACUAGGAACCAUGGUGUCGGUGUCGUUUCAGACCAUGCUGCAAGCCAGCCCUAGGUUGCUCAAAGGGCUUAGACAACUGUUGACUCAACGAUCCGACAAAGACCGACAAGAUAUCACAGUGGCCAACACCCCUGCGCACGACGACGGAGGGGUGGAGGAUGCGGAGCCGAUAGACGCAUGCCUCGAGUACGAAGGAGGAACUCUUGCGGUGGAUAACGAAAUGAUGGGCGAAGAAUGCACGUCGGAAGAGUUGUUGAUCCGGACUUUGGAGAAGGGGGCACCUGCCGUGGUAGCAGAACUUACAGGAGGACCAGUCACCACUCGAGGUCGCAAAGAGGAGAAAGAUUUGUGGGGAGCGAUAGUAGGACCGAAGGAGGAACUAAUAGCAAUGGCGAUUAAGGGAGGCCAGGAAGCCGUGAUAAGCUUAGUGGAAUCUUGGGAAAGGAAAGAGUUGCGAUGGAUGGUAAACCAGAUGCAGGAGAGAAAGGAUGAGGACCAGGAAGGGAAGGAGUUUUUCUAUGCCCAGAUAAACGAAGGGAUCUUUCGGGAGAUCGGGUUGUUGCUGGUAGGAAACAAACAACCCAUGGAAAUCAGCAUUAAAGCAAGGGAGGAGGCCGAAAGGUUUGUUCACGUGUUGAGUGAACUGGCCGGCAUGGGGGCAGUUUGUUUGCUGGUGUUCAAGCUGUCGGCAGCGGAUGCAGCCAUUGUUGGCCUGCAAGUAGGUGCGUUCCUCGGUUGUGAGUUUCUUGAGACGGGGGGGUUGGGUGGAGGAAGAUGGUCGAGCCGUGCGGUCCUUGCGUUCCAUACGCAAGAACUGGGUGGUGUCGAGUUCCUCCGAGCUGAGGGACAUUGGGGCGGAGUCGUCGGAGGGGGUGCCGGGCUCAACAAGAGGGGCUGUGAACUCGUCGUCAGAGGGGGAUGCUAUGGUGGUCUCAUCCGCGUGGGAAGUGGUGGGACCGCGGGCAGGGCAAAGAAGGCGGUCGUGUUGAAGGGCACGGGUGAGGAGGUCGGUGAAGGACAUGGGAUCACUCCGAUGUUGAAGACCAAUGUACAUGACGUCAACACCAAUGCCGACCUCCCACAUACACCAGAGAUUCAGACGUAUUGUAGCACGACCCUUGUCGAACCUGAAUCCCAGGUCGCAUUCUCUACCUCUUCUCUUGGCGGGGAAGCUAAGGAGUGGGUUUUGGCUGAAGCUAAUGUCGCAGGGUUCGAUGACAUCGGGGAGUGGGCUGGGCUUUUGAACCUCAAACAGUUCCUUGGGAAGAUCAAGGAACGGUUUUUGGACAAAACGACGGUCGAUAAGGCCUUUGACCAGCUCACCACGAUUGGUCAAAGACAUUGGACCUCUGUGGAGUCGUUGUCACGGGAAGUUGAUCGGUUGCUGCAGGUUCCAGGAUUGAACCUGCAAGACAACCAGGUUUUGUACAUCUAUUCCCGUGCUCUCCCCGAGCCCAUUCGUGGACAACUCGUGGCAGAGUCUAAGUCUGGAACAGGUAAGCGAGUACUUUGGCGCCAAAAGCGCCAAGACCACACCCUUGUCGUCUUCGAUGACGAAACUGUGGAAAGGUGGCCGUUGGAGGCCGAGGGUGUGGCGAACAACAGUGAUUCCGGGAAGGGGGAAGUCACUGCUGCCGUGGUCAACAAGGGAGGACCACGACCGCUGAUUAAGAAGAAGAAGCCACACUCGUUCCCAGAGCACCCCGGAAGUGCGGUCGGGAAGCCUUGGGAGAAGAUGGACCUGUCACAAGAAACGUGGCAGGAACGAAUGGACAACGCGCAGUGCGUGAAGUGUGGCAUUGCAGGGCAUGUAAUUGCAUGGUACUUUAGCAAGAUUGACUUGAAAUCUGGAUAUAUCACCAGAUUGAGGUGGAACCCUCCAAUCAGCAUAAGACCGCUUCCCGGACAAGCCGUCAUGGACCAGAGGUCCGGAGAAGCAGACCGGGCCUAUCACGCCCGGAUGCUGGCCUGGAGUACCGAAACAAAGAGACGGGCAGAUGACGCAGCAACAACAGCAAAGAAGAAGGCAGAGGACGCCGAGCAGGCACGCCUGAUGGCAAUUGAACAACAGUGCCAGCAUGACGAGGCAGCAGCAAAGGCUGCCGAUGAAGAAAGAAUUCAACGUCGUGAGAAGAUAUUUAACGAAGAGCAGACUUUGCUCACAAUGCCAGCGGAAUGGCGGACCGAGGCCGAGAAUGGCAAGUUGGAGGAUAGCGAAAACAAGAUCGCUCUCCUCCUCUCCCAUCUCACAGACCUCCUGGCGACAUGCAUUACACAGCAGCAGGACAUCCACAGCCUCUACGACUUGCUAGCUCAAGUCCAAAGCCGCCUCCGACAGCUGGAGCAGCGACCUGUCGCCGCCCCCGAUGCAAGCUCUUCCAACACCUCCGAUCGCGUCGAAGCAGUGGAGAUGAACGUCGGCUCCCUCAAGGACGGCGUGCAGUUACAGCAGGCCGCAACGCAACAGUUGGAACAACGGAUCUGCACUGCCGCCAACCACUCGAAUUCGGAACCACGCGAGACAGCUCCAAAGUUUGACAGACAGGAGAUCUUUUGCGACUCGACGAAGACAAAUCCGAUAUCAUGGUUCCGCAAGUUCGAGCUCACGCUACAGCUACACUACGUCAAGGAAUACAAGCACCACUCGUACUUGUACUCCCGCUCGGGGGGCGCGUGCCAGGCAUGGUUGGACAAUCUCUUGUCCAAGUACGGAGUGGUAGCUGUCGACUUGCACACCAAGAUCGGUUGGGAUAAUCUGAAGGCGGCGUGGCACAAGCGGUUCCAAGUCAAGCCGCCCGAGAUGAAGGCUAUGGACAAGCUCAUGAUCUUCGAACAAGGCACGCUGCUGAGUACCGACUGGAUUGCCGAGUACCAACGCUUGACAUCAGUCCCAGACAUCCAGAUGGGCUUCAAAGUCAUCCACCACUAUUUCAUCUCAAGGUCAUGUCCGACAUUAAGCAAUGCCCUGACUCACGUCGAGGACACCUUGACGACGACGGCGGAACUCUUUGACAAGGCCGCACAGAUCAUCAUUAUGAACAAGGAGGCUAAGAACCUGCGUUCGUCUGCGCCAGGCCCGAGCAGAGACCAGCAUCGGCCAAGAGUGGCCGUGGUCGCGGAGGCAACGCCGUUUGACCAAACUAGCGAGGCCGUGUCUGCCAAUGAAGGAGACAGACUCGCAGCCGCCCGGGAAGGUGGCCGCCCCGGCAGAGGCCGAGGACGCGGCAAGACGAAGACACACACCGCAUUUAGUCCCGGGCAAAGGCGAAUAGGGAAACUAAGCACCGUCGAGAGUGACUCGAAGACACUCUCGACGCCUCCGGAACCGGUUUCUUCGCGAGUGACCGACCUUCAUUCCGAGGCGCAUGCGGAAGUCGAUAGUCCUCCUCUUCUAUAUUUUUUUGAGGACUAUGCUGCCUGGCUCGUUCCUACGCUGGGUACUCCAGCUCAAGGACAAGACGUGUGUGCGACAUCUUCUCCGCCCGACAGCGGUGACUUAUCGUCUUCAAGUGGUUCUUCACGGGAUUCGGCGCGCGAGUUCAACAUAGAGGUAUUGGACCCACUCACGUCCGAGGACUUUGCAUGGCUUCCUCUCCCGACCACGGGCCGCUUGCCGGGACCGCAAUGCGCAGCACUAUGCGCUCAUCUCCACACAUACUUAUCCUUCUAUGCACCACCAACUUCGCCGACGGAUGACGAAGUCGCGGUGGGGGACAUCCUUGCGUAUGUUACCAAGGUGACCAGCGAGUUUCGCACGCAGCGGUAUGAUGACAACAACGCACCGCUCAUGUAUGUCCACAUUCAGGUUGGGCAAGCGUCCUCCAGCGCUUUGCUGGAUAGCGGCGCGUCUCGCAAUUUCAUGAGUCAAUCCUUUAUGCAAAGGGCUGGCCUUCGGAGGAAGGCAAACCCGACGGCGAUCAAGUUGGCGGAUGGAAAGACGCAGCAACUUCUCGAUCGUUACAUCGAGGUCGUACCGGUUUAUUUCGCACCUCAUGCAUGCGAACCGGUGACGUUCGACAUUCUCGACACGGACUUCGACAUCAUUCUGGGAAUGCCUUGGCUGGCAAGUCCGGAUCACACAGUCAACUUCCACCGGCGGACUCUUAGCGUUCGCGACGUCUUCGACGCCGAAGUGGCGUGUACUAUUCCUCUACCGCACCCUUCGAUUCGGUGCCAAGUGGUGACGGCCAAAUCAUUCCGGGCGACUUGCGCUUACGAGCAGCCCGAGGAGAUCGGCCUAUGUUUCCUACGGACCGUCGCGGUAGCCAACUCUUCACCCACAGACUUGUCUUCGGACCCCCGGGUGGUGUGGUUGUUGGACGAGUUCGCCGACAUCUUCGAGUCACCUACCGGUGUGGUGGCGGAUCGGCCGAUCUCUCACGAGAUCAUUCUUGAGGCCGGUGCCGUGCCAUCGAAAGGUUGCAUCUAUCGGAUGAGCGAGGAGGAGCUUGAGGUCCUCCGCGCACAACUCGACGAUUUGUUGGCCAGGGGCUGGAUCCGCCCUAGUAGCUCCCCAUAUGGAGCACCAGUUCUCUACGUCCGGAAGAAGAACAAGGAUCUACGAUUGUGUAUCUACUACCGCAAGCUCAAUGCACAAACCGUCAACAAUGCGGGGCCUCUUCCUCGCAUCGACGAUCUUCUUGAGCGAUUGGGCGGCGCAAAGUAUUUUUCUAAGUUAGAUUUGAAAUCGGGAUAUCAUCAUAUCUCGAUCCGGCCGAAUGAUCGCUACAAGUCCACGUUUAAGACGCGGUACGGGCAUUUUGAGUGGGUGGUCAUCCCUUUUGGCCUCACCAACGCCCUGGCGACCUUUCAAGCGACAAUGACCAACGAGUUCCGUGCGAUGUUGGACCCGUUCGUGCUGGUCUACUUAGACGAUAUUCUCGGCAUCAGUCCGCUAUCGGACAAGAUUCAAGCCAUACAAGAGUGGACGGAGCCUCGGAACGUCACGGAUGUCCGUUCGUUCCUUGGCCUUGCUGGCUACUACCAGCGUCUUAUCAAAGGCUACUCGAAGAUCGCGGCCCACUUGACCAAGCUUCAAUGCGAGGAUCGACCGUUUGACUUCGGAGAGGAGGCGCGGGAAUCAUUUUUGGUUCUCAAAGCCGCGCUAUUAUCGGUGGAGGUCUUGCGCAUAUACGACCCGCUUCUGCCUACACACGUCACUACGGAUGCGUCCGGCUAUGGCAUUGGUGCCGUCCUCGAGCAAUAUGACGGUGUGGAAUGGCACCCGGUCGAGUAUUUCAGCAAGAAAGUGCCCGUUGUGCAUUCCAUUGACGAUGCACGCAAGAAGGAGUUCCUCGCCUUCGUCCACGCGCUCAAGCGGUGGCGGCACUUCCUCCUUGGUCGAAGCCAAUUUCGAUGGGUAACGGACGAUAAUCCGUUGAUCUUUUACAAGACCCAAGACACCGUCAACAGCACCAUCGCUCGAUGGAUGGCUUUCAUCGACCAGUUUGACUUCUUUCCCGAUCACAUUCCGGGAAAGUCGAACCGUUUUGCGGAUGCUCAUUCAUGGCGUCCGAAUCAUUGUACUGCAGUCUACUCAACCUUCGAGAUCGACGACGACCUGCGGAACAGCUUCAUCCGCGGCUACCAAGCCGACCUCGAGUUUCGCGACAAGUACGCAAAUUGCUCCUCUCCUAAUCCGGCGCCUUCUCACUACCGGAUCCAAGAGGGGUACUUGCUUGUCCACACGCGGGGUGAUUACAAGGUCUUCAGCAAGAUCGACCUCAAGUCUGGUUACCACAAGAUUGAAGUCGACCCUGCAGACCCGCAUAAAACUGCGUUCAAAACUCGCAAUGGGUUGUACGAAUUUACCAUCAUGCCCUUCAGUCUCACGAAUGCACCAGCCACCUUUCAAAGCCUCAUGGACAAGGUGUUCUGCAGUGAGAUCAAUCGAUUUGUUGUUAUUUAUUUGGAUGGCAUACUAAUCUUCAACAAGUCGAUGGAGGAGCACAUGAGACACCUUGAGGAAGUGUUGCAAAUCCUCAAGGAUGCACAACUUCAUCUCAACUUAGAGAAAUUUGAGUUUGGGAGGGACAACGUCAUCUACCUUGGACAUUGGUUGUUCGCUGCAGGCCUAGAGCCCGAGGCAACCAAAGUUGAGGUCAUCCGCAAAUGGCCUCAACCAGCAAAGGCCCGAGAGUUGCGUUCUUUCCUUGGUCUCGCGUCAUAUUACCAUAAGUUUGUGCUCACAUUUUCUAUCAUCGCCCGUCCAUUGUCCAAAUUGACAAGCAAGAAUGUGUCUUAUACGUGGGAUGGGGAAUGCACGACCGCCUUCCAAGCAUUGAAGGAGGCAUUCGUGAGUCAUCUGGUGCUCCGCAUUGUAGAUCCCAAAUGCACAUUCGUAGUAACUACGGAUGCGAGCUUGCACGGGAUCGACACAGUGCUUCAACAAGAUGAUGGUGACGACUUAUAUCCGCUUGAGUAAUAUAGCAAACGUAUGCCCAGUCAGCAGGUAGCUACCUCCACCUACAUGAGAGAACUCUUGCCUUGAGUAAG